AUGCCUCGCAACAAGUAUCCAGAAUUGACCCGACGCCGUUUCGUUCCAUCUGAAGACCCUUGUUACUCUCCCAUUCCCCGGUCUGAACUCGUUUUUUACAAUCCCGAGAAGAGUAUCUCUCAACUGCGCAUGAAGAUUGUGUCCAAGCCAAACCCUAUACCGGACGACACGACUCUAGUUGUCUACAUUGACGCGCGGGCUUCAUACGGUGUCUACUUCGGUCCCAACUCUCCUUGCAACUGGAAAGGUCUACUCGACGAGUCUCUGCCUCAAACAAGCACGCGUGCGGAGAUUGAAGCUUUAGUGCAAGCGCUUCCCAUGAUCGAUUUAAUCACGCACCUUAAUUGGAGACUCUAUCGUAUAAUAAUUGCGACCGAUUCAAGCUUCUUAGUCAAAGCUCUGAGCCAGUGGAUGAAACACUGGAUUGAGCGUGGUGGGGUGGGCUCCAAUGGCAGACAAGUCGCGCACUUCAAGAUCAUGAAAUGGAUGUACGACUGGUUGAACCGCUGGGAAGAUAAAGGCCAGGGUGAGAUACAAUUGUGGCAUAUACCAAGAGAGAUGAACCGAGAAGCAGAUGCAUUAGCGAACAAAGCUCUCGAUGAAGCAUGA